AUGGAAGAAUCGGGAGAAACAAAUGGUCAAUCCUCCACCACAAACCAUCAUAAACACCCACUUCCACCGCCACCGCCCUUCUACGCUGCUUCCACCGCUCCCACAUGCAUUCCGCCCGUUGUACCUCCCGAUCCAAAUCCGGCAACAGGUUACCCACCAGCCAUAGGUUACCCACCUGCAAUGGGCUAUCCUCCAUAUAAUCCACCAGGCUUCCCUGACCCUAGCCCUGACCCUAAUUCUUCAUACGACCAAUAUCACCCUCAUCAACAACAACAUUUUAUGCCACCACCACCGACAGUGCCACCGGAUACGUGUUACACGCCGCCUUACCGUCGUCAAGACAAAGGCGGGUUCCCCAAAGGGAUGUCGUCAGGAAUGAUUUUGUUAAUUAUUUUUGUUUGCUUGGGUGGUUUGAUUUUGUGGAUUGUCGUACGUCCAAAGUUUCCAAUUUUUCAUAUCGAUUCGUUUUACGUAAAAAACUUCAACGUAUCAUCUAAUAAUAACUUUUCAUCUUCGUGGGAAGGAAAUUUAACGAUCGAAAACAAACGUUGGGGAACAAAACUUAUUUUUGAUCGUAUGCAAAAUUCUAUUUUCCUCAACGACGAUGAUUUUCUUGCGUCGUCUAUUUCCGAGGGUGGUCAAAAUAACCCUUUGUUAGUAGUUGGUUCAAAUGAAAAGAAGACGAUUAGGGUGAAGGUGUCUACGGCGGAUAGUAAACAACAGGGGGAGAAGCCUCCGGAUAAGAAGGUGGUGGCGGAGAUGAGGAACAAAAAGAAAGGUGGGUUAACGUUUGUUUUGAAAAUUUAUGUAUGGUGGGAAGUUGAUUCGGGAUUAUUCCUUAAACGUUCAAGACCUGUGCAGACGAGAAUGUUGUGUACGGAUUUGAAGGUUAAUUUUGAAGGCAAUUCAGGUAAUGGAAAGAUGAAAGGAAAUCCUGAUGACUGCAACGUUGAUUUGUGA